ACAUUUUCUGACAGUGAAAUUACAAAAAAAAAACAUUAUUUUCAUAAAAUAUAAGCGACUUUCAGAAACUUUUAUAUAUUUUUUUAUAAUCGAACAUUUUUUGGUAUUUCCAAACUCAACGGCACCUCAAAGGAUCGGAACGUCGGUUUUAGUUUGAAUUGAGGAUAUUCAUAAAGAUAAAGCAUUUUCAUCAAAUCUAAUCUAGAUUUUCUUUCAAAUAGUGAUUGUGAAAUUACGCAAAAAAGGGGGUAUGCAACGUUCACUGAAUCAACGGGAGCUACAAGCGUUAGAUUUGCGCACCUGCAAUAUGAAUGUUGGUCCACAACAGCGACAACAACAAACACAUAAAAAGUAUUCAACCAUGGCUAAACAGAAACCCGGGAACCCACAUGCUACAGUCUUCCAGCAACUGCCACUACCGCCAACACAGCCGCUGACAGUUGAAAAACAUAACUCGCAGAGUUCCGAGCAAAGCAUGAAUCAAGGACUUACACGCAGUAUGAGCAUGAUUGAUUUGCCUUCGCGGCGUGGAAUUCUGUUGAGGCUACGCGGUGGUUGCGAGCAUAUGACCGCUGAAGAAGAGGAAUUGAAAAGAUUUUGUGAAUCAGUAGAUCCAAAUAUAGUUUUCGAUGAACUGCAGCCGGAGCCACCGCUCCCAACUCAACGACAAACAGCUCGCUUAUGCGCUGGUUCCCCCACCAAUUACUCAUGUCCACCACCAACGCCCUGUCCAUGUCCAAACAAUUUUAGCAAACAGACGGAACACUCUUCGCGUAUACAGAAUUAUUCCUCAUUCUGCCCACCAGGCCUAAAUACCAGCGUUAGGAGUACAUCAUAUCCACAGCAGUCAAGAGGUCGUUCGUCCUUCGAUGAGUAUCCCAGCAUACCACCAAGACGACAGUCAGCCGUGGAUCCUACAAUGUCAUUUUGGUCGCCACCAAUGCCACAGCCAACGCCAACCAGGCACCCCACCAGAGCAUCGACAUCUACGAGAUACUCCCAGGACACCUCCAAAGUACUGUACGAGUCACCUCGACGCAGCCACUAUUCACCUACAAAUCGAAUGAACAGUACACCCUAUAUGGGUCUGCCAGGACAGCCCUUCAAUGUCACGAGAGCGCCGCCGCAAAUGAUGACCACCAAAUGGAUGACACCGCCGGGACGUAUGCCAUCGGCCUUCAUGCAACAGUCAACACUAAAUGAGUCGAUGCUGCCAACGAUGCAUGAAACUUGGACACCGCCAUCAUGCCCACGGGAAAUUGAUGAGUCAACCGUGUGCCCUGAGACCGAUGAAUGCCCCAAUAAAAACAAGAAUUUGCCUUGUGAGGGUUGUGAGAAUAGCGAGAAUAGCGAAAAGACUUAUCCGCCGCCACCGCGCUGCAAGCCACUACAUCCGGAUAUAACUAAGAAAUUAUGCGGUGACUUGCCACCAUUUAAAAUACCACGUUCCAUGGAAGACGAUUUCAUUUGCAUUAAACGCCGCGAACAAUGGGAGCAAUUGGUGAGAGACCAAAAUUGCCCGGGCGCCAUACAGUCAACGAUCGAUGGUUCGGUGGAUUUCAAUGCUCUAGCUUUUAAUAUAUUCUUCGGCGAACAGCGUUUGCCCGACUGCCUGCCGCGCAUAGAGCCGAUCACGCUGCUCGAGGCGUUCUUUAUACGCGUCAAUUACGAGCGUUGUCAGAUAAAGAAGCUGGAGGAAUUGGCGUACGCCAGGGAUCACUCAACUGAAGAGGGGGAACAUACAACGCCACCACCGAGUGAUGAUUGUACACUAAUUGAGAAAUGCUUUAAACGAAAAUAUGCCACCGAUCUGAAUGCGGCAUUGGAAAAACUCUUUAAAGCAGAGAAGGGUUUCUCGUAUCUGUCUCCACAGUCGGAACAACCACUAAUGAGUUUGACAUUGGAAAGCACCAGUACCGAUUUGCCAGGUAUACCUAUAUCCAUAAAAGCCUAUACAGGCACAACAAAACCGCGGGAAUGAAUUUAUAUGGGUUAAAUAUGACACAUGGAAGCGGUAAUAAAUAUAAUAAAUAUAUAUCUGCUGUAAUUGUGUAUACAUAAACAGAUUAUAUUAAUAAACAAUAAUUUUUCCUCAAUGAAA